AUGGAUCCCUUCGCGCGUCUCCCCGACGAUCUGCUGCUCGCGAUCCUCUCGCGCGUGGGCAGCGCGGCGCGUGAUGUCACCCGGGCCGCGAUGACGUGUCGGCGGUGGAACGAAGUGACGCGGAGCGUGCCUGCGCUGUGCCUGGGACCGAGUGGCGGAGGCGCGUCUGCUAACCAGGCGCCGUUCUUGACGUUUGAGCGCCAGGCCUCGCGCAUGAUCCUCCGCACGCGCGCCCUGCGCCACCUCACCAUCAUCUCGCCUCCCGCACCACCUGCUAACAACGGAGGGCCAUCCCAUCCCAGCCUGACGCCGUCAAGGACAUGUCACGGAAGUCCAAUUCCCAGCGGACCUUCCGCUCCCCCAAGCGCCGGACCUUCCGCUUUCUGCAGGCGUCCCUCUUAUUCCACUGAGUCAGCGGAACUCCCAGGGGCCUCCGCAAGUUGCGCCUGCUGCAGCCAGCACGAUAGCGCCAGCGGCGCUUCUGUUCCGCUCCCCCCCCUCCCCCCGCCCCGCCAUCCGCGGGAGUUCAUCUUCGAGGCGUGGAUGCGCCACGUCGGGCCGUCUCUGCACUCCCUCACUCUCUCCCGCGCACUUCCCGCCGUUACUUCCCUAAAGCGCCCUCGAGACGGUUGCGCCAGCGGCGCCUGCGGCGGCAACAGCGUGGUGGUGAACCUGUGGGAGGAGGAGGACGCGAGUCUGCAUCUCGCGCACAUUUCCCGCCACUGCACCAACCUGAGCUCGCUCUCAUUGGGCCACGUGUCCCUCUCCGCGCCGACCCUUCUCGCCACUCUCCAGCCCAUGCCGGCGCUGCAGCACCUCUCACUCUCGUGGCUGCACGCGUCCCCCGCCGCGCUUCACGCCGUGCUUGACGUCGUGCCGAAUCUUCGCCACCUCACGAUUUUCAUCGCGUCGGGAUUCCCUUGCCUAGAACUGCGCCUUCCGCCGUCCCUCCAGCACCUCACGCUCUCCUACAUCCGCGCAGACUCCGUCGCGCUUCUCUCCGCGCGCUCCCUCCAAUCCCUCUCUCUCCGCGACAUGUUUCUCCGCGCGCUCUCCAUCCGCGAUGCGCCCAACCUGCGCCAACUCUCCGUCGCUUCCGCUAACUGCCUGCUCGUCUCCGCGCCUCACUCCGACCAACUCGCGUCAAUCGACCUCCGCGCGGGGUCGCUCAACUGGCCCGCCACCGAAACCCUAAUUUCAACCAGUGCGGCUGCGCUCGAGUCGCUCUCCCUCGAUUUCUUUACCAGCAGCAGCUCGGGCCUGUCCUCGGUUUCGUCGUUGCCCUGGCUUGCACAGAACUGCAUAGUAAACCUUUUUUCCGCUAUGUCCGGCGAGCGAAGCGCAGACGCAGGGGAAGCCGUUCUCCUCCUCGCGCUGCCGCACGUGCGGCUCUUUAACGACCUCAUCGCCUUACAGCGCGUAUCGCGCUCCCUCUAUCGCACCAUUCGCGACUCGCCCUGUUUCUGGCUGCGAUUCCACCAUCUCCACGUGGAGCCCUUCCCAAUCAUCCACCACCACGUGUCCGCCGCCCUCAGCGAAACAGCGGCUCCAAGAACUCGCAGCGAAAUUCGACCAAUUCGAACGCGCGGUGCUGAUUCUGAGCCACUCGCAGCGCUGCCUCGUUAUAAGCUAGUGGAGGCGGCUCUUAAGGUGUACGCGCGGCGGUCCCAGGGGCAGCUUAGGGAGGUGAUACUAGACGGGGAGGACGUGCGCGGCGAUGUGAUUAUAACGGUGCUUGCAGGCUGCAAGCAGCUCGAAAAGCUUUCAGUGAGGAUGUGCGCGCAUGUAAGCUCGUCCCACAUAGUCACACUCCUACAGUCACAGUGGGGCGCGCUAGCAGCCUCAACAGCACCAGCAAACUCAUCAGAGAUAUCACCAUUACCAUCACGGGCAGCAGCACAAUUGGUACCACGGCCACCGCCAGCAGCACCAUCGGCGUCGUCACCCUUGCUUGCAGAUUCCUUACCAGAGUCACCUCCGCCCAUUCCACCCACUUCUCUUGAAUCUACACAACCUGAUACCCUUGAGUCACCUUACCGUGGUACCUUUGAACCACCUCAGGUCUCCACAGCUGCAGCACCGGCUCCCAGUCCCAGGCUGUGGCAGGUACGCAUGGCAGGGACCGACUGCCCCUCUACAGACUUCCUCUUUAUCCGUGACAUGCUCAAGCGUGCAGCUGCAAGCCUCCCUGCACACAGACGUCCGGUCUCCGAACCUAGUUCCGCAGCAGCAGUUAGCUUCGGGAGCAGCACCCGGAUUAGCACCGGCAGCACGGCGCUCAUCAGCAUCGGCAGUGUCCUCCCCAUCAGCACCUGUUUACAAAUCCUCACGGAUCCCGUGCUUUUUAAGGCUGGCACGGCUAUAAGGUCAGGGGAUUCAGGAAGUUCUGGUAAUUUUGGAUGUGACUAUAAUGAAGGGCUGUCUUUUGCGCCUCUGGAAGGAGCGUUCGUAAGGAGCUCAGCAUCGGAGGGGCUGGUUCAGGAAGGGGAAGCCAGAAGCUCGGGCGCGUUUCCGGGCAGGAGGCUGCAGAUUGUUUCGACCUGUCCGUCGGUUUUGGACAUUGAUUUCUGCCCGCGGUGUGCCAACGUCCGGGCAGUUUUAGACUGCCCGACUAGCGUGCAGUGGCGGCAGCACUUGGAGCGAGUAGCUGAGGAUUCAAGCUCCAUCAAAGUGCAAGCAACUGUUCGGUCUCUCCUUAAGCAGCAGGCCUGUCGUGGCUGCCUGCGCUGCAUCCCUCGCUGCAUCUUCUGCGGCUCGUGCACCAAGCACACGUGCAUGCCCCUCGGCCAGAUCCAAUCAGCUCUGCACCAAGCAGCGCAGCAGGGGUCUCGUAGAGGGUCAGAUUCAGACGGCCAAGAUUUGGAAUCUAGUGGCAGCAUGGGUGGACGGUUGGAGGACCCUGCGUUGCGUGAUUUGCCUCUUACUCCUGUUGUUGGUCCUGUCUUUUCUGAGGAUGGGGCGGUCAAUGUUGGUGAGAGGGAGGUGGUGGAUUUGGCGUCGAUGGGAUGGGUGAUGUGUGGGUGUACGCUUUGUUGCAAGGAGCAGUGCACGUCGCGCAUGCUGACGUGUGUGGGGUGCAACUGGCGGUGCUGUCCUUGGCACAUUGAGAAGUAUGCUGAGAUCGCGGUGUCCAAUGCUAGCUUCGUUUGUGAGAUUUGCUCCCACCAGGAUAGAGACCCGGUUUAUGAUUUGUAA